AUGGCACGCCACCACAUUAUUCAGGCGAUGCUUAUUGCACUUAUUGUGCUGGGCGUUGCGGUGACUGGGGUCACGGUGAAGGAUGAUGGGAGCGUGGAGAAGGGGAGGCCAAUCUCAUUCCAGGCUGAGGUGAGCAAGAUGCUUGACAUUCUUAUUAAUUCUCUAUACACGAACCGCGCUGUCUUUCUGCGCGAGUUGAUUUCUAACGGCAGCGACGCCCUCGAUAAGAUCCGUAUGCUCUACCUCACGGCACCGAAGGAGCCGAAGAACAAAGACGGUGAGGUGCCGGCGUUGGAAAUGCGGGUGAUAAUUGACAAUGAGCGCAAGACUCUCACUUUGCGGGACGGCGGCAUUGGUAUGACGAAGGCGGAGCUGGAGGAGCACCUCGGCUCCCUUGGCACCUCCGGCACGAAGCGGUUCAUGGAGAAGCUGAAGGAAACGAAGGAUGAUAGUCUCAUUGGACAGUUUGGUGUUGGCUUCUACUCCGCCUUCCUCGUUGCCGACCGCGUGCGGGUGGCUUCGAAGAGCGAUGACAGUGACGUGCAGUGGGUGUGGGAGUCCGCUGGCGACGGGCAAUAUUACAUAUACGAGGACGAACGUGGCAACACGCUUGGCCGUGGGACGGAGAUCACACUUGAGAUGAAGCCCGACGCAUUGGAAUUUCUUAGCACGGAUAACGUGAGGGAUAUUGUGCACCAAUACAGC